CCCGUUUCUAUAAAUCAGCACCCAGGUCGAAUUGUUUAGCCAUUGUUAUAGCGAAGCCUUCGACAAACGUUCGAGAACGCCUGAUUGAGAGCCACCGACAAUGUCGAUCGUGAGGCGCAGCAACAUCUUCGAUCCCUUCUCCCUCGACUUCUUCGAUCCCUUCGACGGCUUCCCCUUCGAUUUCUUCGGUGCCCUCGCCGACCCUCGGCCCGGCGUCGCCAGUGACGCCUCCGCCUUCGCCAACACCCGCAUCGACUGGAAGGAGACGCAGGAGGCGCACGUGUUUGAGGUCGAUCUCCCCGGCGUCAAGAAGGAGGAGGUGAAGGUGGAGGUGGAGGAAGGGCGGGUCCUCCAGAUCAGCGGCGAGCGCGCCAAGGAACGAGAGGAAAAGAACGACAAGUGGCACCGCGUGGAGCGCAGCAGCGGCAAGUUCCUGCGCCGGUUCCGGCUGCCGGAGAACGCCAAAGUGGACCAGGUUAAGGCGGGCAUGGAGAAUGGUGUUUUGACGGUGACGAUCCCCAAGGAGGAGGUGAAGAAGCCGGAAGUGAAGUCCAUUGAGAUCUCCGGCUGAGUUUGUAAUGAGGGAUCGAGUCUCUCCCGCCCCUGUUUCUGGUGAAUUACUCCUCGAUCCUCUCUGUUGAUUGAGUUUCUUCAUGUUGCAUGUGCUGUCUACUUCUCAUUUAGGUCUUGCUUCUGUAAAUUCUAUGUGUUCAAUAAUCGAAUAAAAAUCUCAAAAUCUUCGAAUA